AUGUAUAAAAAAAUGCAUACACCCGUUAAAAACUUGAAACCAAUUGAGUCUAAUGGAAAUUUGGAUUUUACUUACAAUGUUUCAUCCAAAGAUAUAAAAUUUAUAUCACAAGAUGUGUUUUCAAAGCCGGAAGUCACUCCUAAGAAAUCUGUUUCUCUAUAUGAUUCUCAACGUGGCUUAGAUGUAUCACAAGAUGAAAUACCAGAAUCUCGCAAUGAUGACCCAAAUGAAAUGUCAUUCCAAGAAGCUUUAGGUGUAUCUCAAAAAUGGCCUGACAAUAUUCCCUUGUCCCAAAAUUGGCCUGAUCAUGAUAAAUUUGCAACUCUUGUUGACAUCAUUGUACCGAUGAAGGAUAUAGGCACAAUGACUGACAAUGUAUCAUGUGUAAGGAAUUACGAAAUAGAAAGCCAAUGUAAUGAGUUAUUUGGAAAAAUAGUUGCAUGUGAGAUAUCAAAGCUCGAUGGAAAAACACGCUAUGAUAAAAUGAAAGAAAUUCUUGAAAUAUUUCAGAACUUGCACUUACAAAAAAUUUAA